CCCACCUCAACCCUAAAAAUAAAAUAGCCCUCUCAUCAUCAUCUUUCAUCCAACCCUAUAAACUAUUCUCAAUAAAAUAGUUUGAUCAGUAAUAUCAAAGUUCACUGACAUUAUAACAGUCCAAAAAAAUUAUUUACAGAUUAUCAUUCAAAAAAUACCACAUCAAAUAUAAAAGUUAAACUCACGAUAUUUCGGAUGAACAAAUUUCUUAUCAACCGAUCAACUUUUAUCGGCUCAAAACCUCGGAACUUCACUGUAGUAUUUAACCAUAGUCAAAUUACUAAAUUUGAUAAGGUAACCAUCUUUUCACUAACAUUAACAUAAGAUUGAAAUAUUUUCUAUGAUAUAGUAAUAUUUUGUCUCCUAGUGUAACACCAAGCAACAACAAACGAUUUCGUGUCACCAAACCCAACAUUAUAGUCAACAAACUCAUAAACAAAAUGAUGAAAAAACUAAAACAAAAAUUAAACACGACCCUUAGCAUAAGAGGAUUGAAAAAACCAAAACCUUCCAAAUCCAAACCCUAUAAAACCUAUGAAACCGAAACCUCAUCAACACAACAACCACCACAAUUAACACUACCACCAUCACCACCAUUUGAACCACCAUCACCACCAUUUGAACCACCAUCUCCAGCAAUGCAUCAUCCAAUCAUAAAAAACAAACCUUUUCAAUUCCCACAGACUCAUUCAUCUGUUCUCCCUGACCCCUCCAAUUUCUUCUCCCCAAAUCUGCUAUCCACACCCCUCCCCACUAACUCUUUCUUCCAAAACUUUGUUCUCAAGAAUGGCGACCAACCUGAAUACAUUCAUCCAUAUCUCAUCAAAUCAUCAAACUCAUCACUUUCUGUUUCAUACCCUUCUCGUUUCUUCAACUCUUCUUUCAUAUACCAGGUUUUCAACCCUGAUCUAACUAUCUCCUCAAGAGAAAAAUCUGAUCUUUAUUCAAAUAUCAAUCAUAGAAUAUCUUCUUACAAUGAUCUCAGUGUUACUUUGGAUAUCCCUUCUUCAAAUUUACGUUUUUUUCUUGUUAGGGGAAGUCCCUUUUUGACUUUCUCUGUAACACAACCAACCCCUCUUUCAAUCACUACAAUCCAUGCCAUUCUCUCGUUCUCUUCCAAUGAUUCUCUUACAAAACAUACUUUCAGCUUUAACAAUGGUCAAACAUGGAUUUUGUAUGCUUCUUCACCUAUAAGGUUGAGUCAUGGUGUUUCUGAUAUCACUUCUGAAGCAUUCUCUGGCGUAAUUCGGAUUGCUUUGUUGCCUGAUUCUGAUUUGAGACAUGAGGAUGUUCUUGACAGGUUUAGCUCUUGUUACCCUUUGUGUGGUGAUGCUGUUUUUGCAAAACCAUUUUGUGUUGAGUAUAAAUGGGAGAAGAGAGGUUGGGGUGAUUUGUUAUUGUUAGCACACCCUCUUCAUCUUCAGCUUUUAUCUGAGAAUGAGUAUAAUAAUGUUACUGUUUUGAAUGAUUUUAAGUAUAAAAGCAUUGAUGGUGAUCUUGUUGGUGUUGUUGGUGAUUCAUGGAUUUUGAAAACUGAUCCUGUUUCUGUAACUUGGCAUUCUACCAAGGGUGUUAAAGAAGAAUCUCAUGAUGAAAUUGUUUCGGUUCUUUUGAGAGAUGUUGAAGAUUUGAAUGCAUCUGCAAUAGCAACGAACUCGUCUUACUUUUACGGUAAGUUAAUAGCAAGGGCUGCUAGGUUAGCAUUGAUAGCUGAAGAGGUUUGUUUCCUUGAUGUGAUUCCGAAAAUAAGAAAGUUUUUGAAGGAGACCAUUGAGCCUUGGCUUAAUGGAACUUUUAAUGGAAAUGGUUUUCUUCAUGAUAAAAAAUGGGGAGGUAUUAUAACCAAACAAGGAUCUACUGAUACCGGUGCUGAUUUCGGGUUCGGUAUUUAUAAUGAUCAUCAUUAUCAUUUAGGAUACUUUCUCUAUGGAAUUGCGGUGCUUGCUAAGAUUGAUCCAAUUUGGGGUAGAAAGUAUAAGCCUCAGGCUUAUUCACUCAUGGCAGAUUUUAUGACCUUGAGUAGAAAUCCGAGCUCGAAUUACACGCGUUUAAGGUGUUUCGAUCUUUUUAAAUUGCAUUCAUGGGCUGGAGGGUUAACCGAGUUCGGAGAUGGAAGAAACCAGGAGAGUACUAGUGAAGCUGUGAAUGCAUAUUAUUCAGCAGCUUUGAUGGGUUUGGCGUACGGCGACACUCAUCUUGUUGCAAUCGGAUCGACACUUACGUCAUUGGAAAUUCAUGCAGCUCAAACAUGGUGGCAUGUAAAAGACGGUGAUAAUAUUUACGACGAAGAUUUUGAGAAAGAGAAUAAGGUAGUUGGUGUUCUUUGGGCUAACAAGAGAGACAGUGGACUGUGGUUUGCUCCUGCUGCUUGGAAAGAAUGUAGACUCGGGAUUCAACUCUUACCGUUGCUUCCUAUUUCCGAAGUUCUGUUUUCGAAUGUCGAUUUUGUGAGGGAGCUUGUGGAGUGGACAUUGCCUGCUUUGAAUCGGGAAGGUGUUGGAGAAGGAUGGAAAGGGUUUGUUUACGCAUUGCAAGGAAUUUAUGAUAAUGAAAGUGGAUUGCAGAAGAUAAGAAGCUUGAAUGGUUUUGACGAUGGAAACUCGUUGACGAAUCUCUUGUGGUGGAUUCAUAGUAGAGGUAAUGAAGAUGAUGAGUUUGGUCAUCAUGGAAAACAAUGCUGGUUUGGUCAUUACUGUCAUUAGGAUUUAUGUAUUGUUUAAUGAUUUCAAAUAUUUUAGUUGAAAUAAGUUAUAAUAAAGUUCAUGCAUUGUUCUUAUUUAUGUAGUUAACAAAUGUUGGUCUCUUAUUGUUUCACUGUGAAUAAAAGUGUGCUGUGUUUGCUUUUCAA